GCGAAUACGAGGUCCACCUAUCAUGAAGUUUGGGAGUUUUGCUCCGAUGUCAUUAGUGGGUUGGGUGAUUCGUUCAGAUGUAUGAAUAUCUUGUAUACUAUGAAAAUUGGGAUAUAAAGGGUUGCAUGAGUUACAAGAGUGGAAUUAUCAGAUUAUACUUGGAUUUCAAGAGAGGAGACCUUGAACUACAUUUACCAUAUCUUUUCUACCCCAAAAAAUGGGCACCUCAAUCUACUUCUACAACCCAUCCCUAGCCGCCUCAAUCCUCUUCACAAUCCUCUACACCCUCCCCUUAACCUAUCACACCUACCUAUCCUUCAUCGCUCCCUACACAGGCCACCACCACAAAGUAAGUUACUUCAUCCCCAUCGCCAUCGGCGCCGCAACAGAAGUCGCCGCCUACGCCAUCCGAGCCGCCAGCGUAAAGCAACAAGACAACAUCGGCCUCUACGCUACCUCCGCAACUUUAAUCGUGAUCGCCCCCGUCCUCGUUUGUGCAAGCCUCUACAUCCUGAUCGGGCGAUUGAUCCGGUCCGCUGGCGGUUGUGCUGCUUCUAGCCCCAACACCGAGACGAAGAACCCGGUACUGCUGUUCGGGAGAUUCUCACCGUCUUGGAUCCCCCGUGUCUUUGUUACGUCAGAUGUCGUUAGUUUCCUGACGCAGGCGGCUGGGAGCGGGAUUGCUUCCUCGAAUGAUUGGGUAGGGAAGGAGAAAGAUAUUGGGGUUGGGGUGCUUAUUGCCGGGUUGGUGUUGCAGCUUGUUACUUUUGGGUUUUUUCUAGUGGUCGUGGUUUGGUUCGAUCGGAGGUCCUCUGCUGCUGGGGAGGUCGAGUCUGGGGUGAGGUCGGUUUUGAAUGGGAUUUAUGUGGCUGGGGGGUUCAUUACGAUUCGGUUGAUCUAUCGAGUUAUUGAGUUCUGUAUGGGUAUGGAUACCUAUACCUGGACUCAUGAGUGGCCGUUGUAUGUCCUUGAGGCCGUGCCGAUGUUGAUUGCGAUGAUGGUUCUGGGUUGGUAUCAUCCCGCUAGGUGGCUUCCGGUUGGACUUAGUGCGAGGUCGAAGUAGUUGCUUGAUUGUGUGGGUUAGAUGGUGAUGUAGAUGGUGACGAUGCUGUUAGACUGCGUGGCAUUCG